AUGAAUAUAUCUUCACCUCCACCAAAUGGACCACCAUCUAGUAAUUCUGGUCCUCCUCGUCCAGGAGGACCUCCUCCGAUGCCAACUAUUACGGCUCUUCAAAAUGAUAUUGCACUUUAUGGUUAUGCUCUAUUAUAUAUACUUGCUUUAUUUGGUCAUAUAAGUAGUUUUUUAAUUUUUCUUCGACCAAUACUUAAUCGUAUAUCAACAAGUUGUCUAUUUAUUGCAUUAACUAUAACUGAUUCUAUUUAUCUAUUAGUGAGCAUCUAUGAUUUUAUCAAUAUUGGUUUUGAAAUUCGAGAUUCAUCAAAAGAUCCUUCAGCUAUAUGUCGAUUUCGUAAUUUUAUUCAAUGGACAGCUAUGUGUUCAAAUGCAUGGUUAUUAGUUGCAAUUGUUACUGAUCGAUGGAUACGUGUCAAAUUUCCAUUUAAAUCAAAACAAAUAUGUACACCACGAAAUGCUUUAAUAAUAACAAUUAUUAUUGUUAUUCUUAGUGCUGGUUUUAAUGCACAUAUACUUGAACCUAGUUAUGGUCAACUACCAGCUGGUAUUAUGACUGUAUGUGGACCAAAACCGACCAAUGCUAUUUAUAAUACAUUUGUUCGACAAAUAUGGCCAACAAUAUUUUCAUGUAUUCAAACACUUAUUCCUGUUAUUUUAUUGAUGAUUUUUUCAAUUGAUACAUUUCGUCGUUUAGCACGACAAACAAGAAUUCAAAAUACUCAUCAAGGACGUCGUCGAACUCAUCUUGAUAAUCAAAUGUUAUUGAUUAUGUUAGCUACAAUAUUAUUAUUUGUAGCAACAACUUUACCAUUAGGUUUAUUUAAUAUUUUAUUAACACCAGUUCUUGUUGGAAAAAUGACACAAACACAAUUAUUACAAUUAUCAUCUAUAUUUACAUUUAUAGCUGCUAUUAAUUAUACUUUUAAUUUCUAUAUACAUUGUUUAACAAGUCGAUUAUUUCGACAAGAACUUUUAUAUAUUUACAAAUGUCGAAAUAGAAAUACUCAAAUAGGAGUGGCAACAAAUACAAUUCGAUUAAAUCCAACAGGAAUUGCAAUGACACAAAUUCAAGUAAAAUAA